UCCUCAAAUGUCCUCAAAUUCCACAAUACCAGGCACAAUCUCCAUGAAGGGAAUGCUUUAAAAAGACGUGCUUUACUGCAGAAGAAUUUCAAGUUUGAAAUUUGAAAGGAGGGAGACCGAAAGCAAGAAGAGUGAAAUUUAAGGCUUAAUGUGGGUGAUCUUACUUUGUUAAGAAAGCAAUAAAGUUGUUUGCUUUAGAAUAGAUUAUGUUUUUGGGAAUGGACAUGAGAUAUUUUAUAAGAACAAAUCCCAACCAUGAUGUUCUGGCUAAACACUAUAAUAUUGGAAUCCUUUCCAUGGUUGCUAGUCUCAGAAUAUCUGGAACAGCUUUUAAAAUAUAAAUGACUUGUCAAGGUUUUAGUAUAUUCAUUCAUGGCCUAAAUUAGCACAUGUUUGCCUUGUAGUCUGAUUUGUUUUAAAAAGUUGAAUCCAGCAUCCGUUCUUUGGUCUGUAGUCAAGCCCAUCUGUAUUGGUUUAUAUAUCCCAGUUUUGAGCCCCGAGCCUAAAAUGCAGCCUUUCUGAACCCAUGUGCAGGAAAUGUUUAAACAAAUUCAGUGGGUCUUCUGAAGAGUAAGGGCAACCAUGAGUACUGCAAGGUUUAUAAAGUGUGUGACCGUGGGGGAUGGUGCUGUGGGGAAGACUUGUAUGCUUAUUUCCUACACAAGCAACACUUUCCCAACUGACUAUGUGCCAACAGUGUUUGACAACUUCAGUGCAAAUGUGGUGGUGGAUGGGAGUACGGUGAAUCUUGGCCUUUGGGACACGGCAGGGCAAGAGGAUUACAAUAGGCUAAGGCCUUUAAGUUACAGAGGUGCAGAUGUCUUCCUAUUGGCUUUCUCCCUGAUCAGCAAGGCCAGUUACGAAAACAUUUCCAAAAAGUGGAUUCCGGAAUUGAGACACUAUGCACCAUCUGUGCCUAUCAUUUUGGUGGGGACUAAAUUAGAUUUAAGAGAAGACAAACAGUUUUUUGCCGAUCAUCCUGGAGCAGCCCCUAUAUCAACAGCUCAGGGUGAAGAUUUGAAGAAGCAGAUUGGGGCUGCUGCGUACAUUGAAUGCAGCUCUAAAACACAGCAGAAUGUGAAGGCUGUUUUUGAUGCUGCAAUCAAAGUGGUUCUUCAACCACCCAAGCAGAAGAAGCGCAGAAAGAAGCAAAGGACAUGUUUUAUUCUGUAAGGCAUCGAUAUCUUGCCAUCUUGGGUGUCACGAGACUUUCUGAAGAUGUGUAAUUUAUGGUCCAAUCAAAGGCUAUCAUAAGAUUUCCUAUAUAUUGUGUUUUAUUACUCUUUUCUGACAGGAUUAGCAUUGUCUAGAAAGAAGUACACCAUGUUUGAGUUCCUUUUUGUGAAGCCAGAUACUCGGGUGAAGGGCUUUGAUUUAUAACUUUUAUAUCCCUGACCAGUGCAGUCACAGAGAACUGUUUUGAAAUGUAAAGUUGUUUGUUAUAACUGCUCAUGGACCUAUGGUACAAUGGCAAGAAUGGUCAAUUUUUUUUGACCAUGGGGAUUGGUCGAUGGUAGAUGAAUUUUUGCUUCUUAAGAUUUAUGCUGAUGGCAUUGAAAUGUUUUACACUUUGCCUUGUGGAGAAGCCAAGUGUAUGUUUGUUCUUCUGAACUUCGUGCUACGUUGUUUCAAUAUGCAAAGUUCGCUAUUAUUUAUACGAAAAAUACAGUUCAUCUCUGUA